AUGCCAAAGUCACGCAGAGAAGCAGAAGCAGAGGCAGAGGCAGAAGUCCGGUCCUGGGGCUUCAAUCACGUAUUCACCUGGACCGACGGCCCAAACGCCCACUACCCGGCGCACAAACACAGUGGAAAGACCACGCAUCUGAUCCUGGAUGGUUCGCUGACCAUGCGGUACCCUGAUGAUGCAAACGCGAAGAAGGAAACGCUUGCUGUCGGCGAGCGGUGGGACGUGGACGCGGGGAAGAAGCACGAAGUAUGGGUUGGCAAAGACGGCUGUACCUAUGUCAUUGGAGAAGGAUAG